CGAGUCAGUACUCCCGUAACCACGCUUUAACCAGGUCUGUGAGAGCGGCCCGGAGUCUAUCACUGAGUGUUAGCAGUCUAUCAAGUCAUCUGUAUCGGGUGGUUAGGUUCUAACGAGUGUUUGAUUGAGAGGUUGAGGUUUUGUUGUUGUCGUCACACGUUCCUGCCGACCGUCCCUGGGAGAGAGGGCUUCCCUGCGGCAGGUAGACCGGGCGCCAAGAUGGCGGGAGCCGAGAGGGACUACGUCCGCGGAUCGUCGCUGGCGGUGGCGGUGAAGAUUCUGUUCGUGCUGGUGUUGUCGCUCGCCCUGGCGGCGCUGUGCGGGUUUUACUUGUGUUUCGCGCAGAUUGCGGAGCUGAGGACGCGGUUAGAGGAGACGCCGUGCGCGUGCGGGGACGUGGCGGGGGCGGGAGGCGUGCGCGAGCCGCCGCCGGGGGGAGCGAGCCUCCGUUCGGACCGCAGGGCAGUCCCUGACGACACAGACGACAUUUACCUCAGGAGACGGACGCGGCGGCGAAGAGACGGAAUGGGCAUGGACAUGGACACUACCGGAUCCUACCUGUGGAUUCCUGCGUACUCUAGAAUACCGGUGGAUGUUCUAACAAGCUUCUGUAACAAAACCAGAGAGUUCUGUCCUCCAGGUUUACCGGGACCACAAGGAUUGCCGGGUACAGACGGGCCGGCUGGUCCCGCUGGCCCGGCAGGCCAACCCGGUUUACCCGGCGAGCCCGGCCCGAUAGGCGAGCCCGGGCCUCCCGGUAACAUGGGCCCGCCCGGCCUUCCCGGGGACCCCGGCAGCGGAGCAACAGAGGCGUUUGUUCCGGUCCCGGGGCCGCCAGGGAAGCCCGGGAUUAUCGGGCCGCCAGGGCCACAGGGCCCGCCGGGCCAGAAAGGCGAAGGCGGGCUGGACGGAGAGAAGGGGUCGGUCGGUGCGCCUGGGAAGCCUGGGGUGGACGGACUGCCCGGACUGGACGGUCUGCCCGGCGCACCCGGACCGAUGGGACCUCCUGGUCUCCCCGGGGAGGACGGGCGACCUGGGCCGAAGGGAAACGUGGGGCCUGAAGGGCCGCGAGGGAAGAGAGGAGACACAGGAUUUCCAGGCAUGUUUGGGCCGAAGGGCGACAAGGGAGCUCAGGGACUCAGGGGACCGCCUGGCAUGCCGGGAAAACCGGGGGAGAAAGGGGAUAGCGGAGACCGGGGUGAAUCUGGAGUGCUGACCAACUCGGAGUUUGGUUCAGUGAUCGUGCAGGGCGAGCCGGGACCACCUGGGCCUGCAGGACCGGCCGGGCCGCCCGGACCGCGCGGGACCCCCGGCAUACCCGGGCCGAGAGGACCGAAGGGCAGCGGCGGUACCAUGGACAAAGUCGUACUGGAAAGACUGGGCUGCGUGGACCGCAUCCUGAAGUCGGUAGGGGGCGCUGAGACCGUGCUGAAGAACGGGGCGUACUGGGGCGCGUGGAUGACGGACCCACAGCAGUCACGUGACGACCAGGGAGACAAGUUUUGGAUCAUGCCGCAUUUUGAAGGUUUGCACGUGGAAGGAUACAAGACCCUCGACGAUGUGAAGUGGCGACGCGACCCCACCUCGUACGAACUGCCGAAUUACUACGAGGGCACGGGUCACGUGGUCUACAACGGCUCUCUGUACUACCACGCGGCCGGGUCUCGAACCAUCGUCAAGUACGAUCUCAACUCUCGCAAAGUCUCGGCGACCACCAACAUCCCCAAACUUGGCUACCGCAGCCCUAAGUACCUGUACAAGUACGACUACUCGUACGUGGACCUGGCCGUUGACGAGCACGGCGUGUGGGUGAUCUACGCCAGCCCGGAGAGCGACGGCAACAUCGUGGUCGCGCUGCUGGACGCCAAGACGCUCCGCGUGGUGAGAACGGUCAUGACGAACCGCAUGAAGAACUCGGCGGGCGAGGCGUUCGUCACGUGCGGCGUGCUGUACGCCACGCGCAGCCCGUACGAGGCCGACACCCUGGUGGACUACGCCUACGACCUGUUCACCGAGACGGAGCUGAACGUCGGGGUGCCCUUCCAGACCGCGCACGGCAUGCUAGUCAUGCUGUCCUACAACCCGCGGGAGAGGGUCCUGUACGGAUGGGAUAAAGGCUAUCUCGUCAGAUAUCCACUCAACUUCUGAACACGUUCCCUGGGUGCCAGACAAGUUUACGGGCCGCUAACCGUUUCCAUCGGCAGCCAGAAGCCCUUCGCCCGCAGACCUAAAUUACCGCUGCGGUGGAAUUGAGCCCGUGGGGAGUAUUCGGCCCUUGUAGGGCCAGCCAAACUCCCCCCGGGGUAGACUCCCCCGUAGCGGUAAUUUAGACCAGCGGGCGAAUGGAAGGGCUCUUGCGGCCCGGAAAACUUCCAGACUAGGGUACUGAAUACGGCCGGGACUUGUUCAAAUUCAGGACCUCUUCAAAUUCGUGACACAAAAAAAAACGACCCACGGGAAAAAUGUCAUGUACGGCUGGGAUACAUGUAAGGAUCAUAUUUCGUCAGAUAUCCUCUCAACUUCUGACAAUAAGAACUUAGUAAGGUCAAACUACUUUUAAGUUAAGGAUCUGUUCAAAAUUACGACCGUUAUCAAAAGUUUAAGAAGAAACGAGCCAUGACGAAAAGUCUUGUAUGACUGGAAUAAGGACUAUCUCGUCAAAUAUCUACCCAACUUAAUAAAAGCAGUUGCAGAUCCAAGUACAAAGAAUCGCAUGAG